AUGUUUGUGCUUGGAUCUUAUCCCUCUAGAUCUCAAGAGCAACAGACUAGAAGAACCAUCUCGCUUGCCAAAGACCCGGAGCUGCCGCAACUGUCCUCACAAGCCAGUCUCGGCAGAAACUCAAAGUUCUAUAACCUGACCCCUGAAGACAGAGAAGCUCUGGGAGGAAUAGAGUAUCGCAGCCUUAGGCUACUUCUCAAGAUAACGCUGGGCUAUUUUGUUGGCCUCCAUGUCUUUGGUGUCAUUUGCCUCGUGCCUUGGAUUCAACAUGCGGAUCCCAAAUACAGGGACUAUCUGAAGGAAUGCGGACAAGGAAACGUCUGGUGGGCCUUGUACACGUCCCAGACGAUGGUUGACAACCUAGGAUUCACACUCACUCCGGACUCGAUGAUAUCGUUUCGAGAUGCAGCAUUCCCGAUGUUCAUCAUGAGCUUUCUCGCCUACGCAGGGCAUACUAUGUACCCCUGCUUUCUACGCUUCAUCAUCUGGAUCAUGUUCAAAUCCGCCCCGAAACACUCGUCCGUCAGGGAGCCGCUGAGCUUCUUAUUGAAUUAUCCACGCCGUUGCUAUACGCUGCUCUUCCGUAGCCGACCGACAUGGGUGCUCUUUGGAAUCCUUUUUGUGUUGAACUUUGUGGACGUCUUGCUCAUUGUGCUGCUUGAUCUCCAUAAUCCGGCUGUCAACACUCUAUCCGGUGGGCAUCGCAUCCUCGCGGCCAUUUUUCAGGCUGCUUCGGCACGCCAUACGGGAACUUCGUCCUUCAACCUCGCAGAAGUGAACCCUGCAGUUCAAUUCAGCUUACUAGUCAUGAUGUACAUUUCGAUUUUUCCGAUUGCCAUCAGCAUCCGUGCUUCGAAUACAUAUGAGGAACGUGCUCUUGGGCUAUAUCCCUCUAAUCAGGAUGAGCUGGAUGAGAACAACGGGAUUAACUACGUGACGACGCAUAUGCGCAAUCAACUCAGCUUUGAUCUUUGGUAUAUAUUUCUUGGGAUUUUCUGUAUCUGUGCCACCGAGGCACGGAGGAUCAUGGACCCUUCGGAACCUGGCUUCAGCGUGUUUGCCGUAUUCUUUGAGGUUGUCUCUGCAUAUGGAAACGUUGGUCUCAGUCUGGGAUACCCCAAUGUGACCACCUCAUUUUGUGGACAGUUUAGCGUCUUUAGCAAAAUCGUCAUCUGUGCCAUGAUGAUACGAGGACGCCACCGUGGACUGCCUGUUCAACUCGACCGCGCGAUACUGCUUCCUGGUGAACGCAUUGCGGGAGAUGGCAGACUCGUUGAUGAGUCUCUUGCUGGACGUCGAUCUCAAACACUGAACAGUUUUAGACGCUACCAUACAAAAUAG